UGCGCUCGGCACUGAGCCGUGACCCUGCUGCUCUGGCUAAGCUAAGGGUUCGUACCAACAGAUGUCCCGCAGAAAACACAGUAAAUAACCGAUUUUUAUUAAAUGUGCCGCAUUAAACGUUAACGGCCCAGUUAGAAGAAAAGGUAGCCACUGUGGCGGCGGUGUUUCUCAUGAGCGGCGGUCACUCCUGUAGCAGCUCAUGUGUGUGUUUUAAGUUUACCGCAGCUAGCUGGCUAGCUAACUUCAGCUUGUUUUCCAGCUAACCAAAAGUGAAACAGGAACAAGAGCUACAUGAGUGAAUUCUUGUGGAGUUCGUCUUCAAUUAAAUUCACCCGAGGUAUUGUCCUUAUUACCACACGUAAACAUGGUUGCUUCCCGGCUUUAGCAGUAGCCUGACCCUCUUCAUCAUGGAGUCCUGAAAUCUUCGGGCUUCAGCGACUCAUCAGGUCGCUCGUGGUUCUUUUGGACCGGAGGUCAACGUUCAGCCUACAACCUGCUGUCUGACUUCCCGGGCAAGAGCAGAUGGGGAAUUGCUGCUGCUGGCACACUGAGAGUCCCUGUGGCAGUGUGGAGGAAACAAGUGGUUUACUGACAGCUGAAGCAAAGGCCACGGUGCCUACAGGUGAAACAGUUGUGGAGGGCACAUGUGGUCCAGAUGGAGAUGAUGAAGUGAGGAAAACACCCAAUGAGCCCAAUAUAAAGGUGGAGGAAAAGACUGAGUCUGUGCUGGUGAAGCAGAGUCCUGAGAAUGGAGAGACAGAGCCCAACAAUACUCAAGAGAAUGGACCCUUGAAGAAGGAAAGCAUUCAAACAGCAACGCCUUCUCCCUGCAAAGGGUUUGAACUCAAAGAAAACUCCACCAGAGCACAAGAUGAAACUAUGAAGGAACCUCCAGACAACAGUGGACAAGCUGAACCUCAGCAGUGCACUUUAAACUGGGAGGUUUUUCCAGAAACAAAAUAUGUGGCACUUGAAGAAGAAAAUCCAGCUUCUGUGCAGGAGAAAAUCCCUGAUGGCAUCUCGCAAACAGCCGAGUCAGUCCACGCCGAAAAGCCUUCCCAUACUGAAACAACCACAACAACAGAGCACAUUACAGCGAGCGUUUCUCACGAUGAUGAGGAGGAAGCAGGCUCCGAGGUUACUGUUGACAAUGCUGUAGUCGAGCCAUCAGGGGAGUUUUCUCAGAAUAAUGAAGUGUUGCCGGUGCCAAACACUCCGCCGCCUGCCUCUGUGGUCAGUCAGGAGAUCAGCAAAGAGGCUCAGAGCUGUGCUGUGACCGAGGAUUCAGACAAUGGGAGAUGUUCAGUGUGCAAGCACGCCAGUCCUGAAGUCACAAAAAGCCAUGAUGUCUCUGAGUCUUCUCCUGGACCAGAGCCCACAGGACUGAACCACAGUGGUGAGGAGCAAGACUCUGCCAACUCUGUCAGGGAGUCAGAAACCACAGCUCCGGCAGACGCCAGUGCGAGCUCAAAGUCUGAUCAGAAUGAAAAACCAGAUUCUGAGUCUUCGGCCAUAAGCUUGAAGGAGGUCGCGUCCUCAGGGAAUGUCAAACAGGAUACUGGGGAGGAAACGAUGCUCAGAGUGCAGGAUAAAGAUGGAGACGUUUCCAAAGGGAAGGAGGAAGACAUGAUGAAGGACGAGGCGGAGAACACUCCCUCAGAGACUGAGCCUCAGGCUGGGAAAGAUGCUGAGGUUCAGGAGGUGACUGGAAAAGAGGAGCAGGUGGCAGAGAGCACAGCUGCCAAUGUCAAGGUUGAAGUGGAAAAGGAAGACUCUGCUGAAGACGACCUGGAGAACAGUGAUGAAGAUCUGUACAGAGGAGCCGAGGAGCUGUCAGCAUCACAAAAUAAUAAAGCAGGAUCGCUGUCUGCGUUCGAAGCGACACUUUUAAAGGUGGAGGACAGAUGCAGUUUGGCCCCAGCGGUGGAUAUCCUGUCUUACAGCGAGAGAGAGUGGAAAGGAAAUACUGCCAAAAGUGCUCUCAUUAGAAAGGGUUAUAAAGAGAUGUCCCAGAGGUUUGGCAGCUUGAGGAGAGUGAGGGGGGACAACUACUGUGCGCUCAGAGCCACGCUGUUCCAGGUGCUCUCCCACAGCACCCAGCUGCCUGCGUGGCUGCAGGAGGACGACAUAACUACGCUGCCGAAGCAACUGGAAGCCCAGGAAGGUCUGAUAAGUCAGUGGACAUUUCCCGGAGAGUGCCUGCAGGGAGAUGGGACAGGAGAUGUCACCCAGCAGCUAAAAGGCUACAUGGAGCUUCUCCGAAAUAAGUGGCAGGCAGCAGUGGACUGUUCCUCAGCUGUGGAGCGGCAGCAGCUGUGUGAGCAAGCGUUUCAGGGUGGAGAAGAGGAGCUGGGGCUGCUGGAGGCGCUCAAACUGCUGAUGCUGGGCAGAGCGGUGGAGCUGCACGGCUGCAUGCAGGGCGGCGGAGAUGUGCCACUCUUCUGCUGGCUGCUGUUUGCGCGGGACUCGUCCGACUGCCCGCGCUCCUUCCUCUCCAACCACCUCAGCCACGUGGGCCUCAGCGCUGGGCUGGAGCAGGUGGAGAUGUUCCUGCUGGGCUACGCCUUGCAGUGCACCAUUCAGGUUUACAGACUGUACAAGGCCGACACGGAGGAGUUCGUCACCUACUACCCAGACGACCAUAAGGACGACUGGCCGCUGGUGUGCCUCAUCACAGAGGACGAUCGCCACUACAAUGUACCGGUUGUAGAAGCUGCAGAACUACACAGGGACACACUCCAGCUGCACUCCAGCUGAUUGCCACUGCAGAGAAAUCUCCUGCCAUACAAACAACACUCUCCUCAGGUUGAUCAAGAUGAAUAGAUUUACACCAAUUUUUAAGGAGUAGCCCGACAUUUUGGGAAUGAUGCUCUGCUUUCCUGCUAAGAGUUAGAUGAGAAGGUAACACUCUCAUGCAGGCGUGUCUAGAAAAGUACUGAAGUCUUUUUUGCCUGUCAUUGUCAUUCUCUUUCAUCAGACCUCAAGCAAACACUGUCACUACUGCAAGCUACAGUAGCUGGGAAGCCCAUCGUCUCUGGCAUGAAUUGGCCAGUAUCAGUGCUGAGACUUCCUUUCCUGGAGACUUGACGUCACUGUGAGGUUAAACUCAUGAUACAAUGUGUUAAUAAUUGAGCUUUAGAGGUGUUCAGCAGGGUUUCUUACUUUUAGACAGAGGCAGGCUAGCUGUUUCCCUCCGUUUCCAGUCUUUAUGCUAAGCUAAACUAACCAACUGCUGUCUGUACAUUCAUAUUUCCUGCACAGACAUGAGAGCGGCAUCAGUCUUCUCAUCUAACUCUAAGAAAGCGAGUGAGUAUAUUUCCCAAAAUGUUGGAUUAUUUCUUUCAAAAUAUGCUGAUUUUGAGACCUUGUACAAGUUGUGGUUUACACACUUUUGUACACACUGUACUGUAUACAGAGUUUUCUAUUUGGGCGUGUGUACAUAUAUGUGCAUCUAAUAUUAUCUCAGAUUCAAAUUAGCUUGCAAGGCGUCAUUUUGAGUUUCAGUACAGGAAAAAGAAGUUUUCUGAUCUACCAUUUAUGAUUUUCUCUAAAAACUCCUGAUCAAGCUGCCAAAAUCAUUAGAUAUUUGGUGUUUACACUGGAAUUUGGGCACUUUGAUUUGUAUAUUAACUUAUUUUGUUUUCACUAUGUCAGAAAAAAACCUUUUUAAAUGAAUUAGAAUGACCGUCAUAAGUGAAACAGCUGAAUUAGUCUAUGAAGGGUUUGAUGAUUUAUCAGGUUUACACCAGAUGACGAUCGGAGGACUUGGAAGAUUAAUCGCAGCCUCUGUGUCAGAGGUGUGAUUUGUGAUGGUCUGUGUGUGCGUCUGCAAGUGUGUGUGUGUGUGUCAAACUCAAUGUGUAACAUGUUGCCUUUAACCAAGCUGUUCUGAAGGGGGAAAAAAAAGAAAAACGUGCCAAUGUUGCUGCAAAUACUGGCAACAGCCCCAACCACCAGCCACUGGAGUCAGUAGAAAAGGCUUGCUUGGUCCUCCAUGUUGCCUUAGAAAUAAUGCACAAUAAGAAUGAAUGUUGGUUAUUAGUGAUAAGAGGCCAUUUCCUUGCCCUAAUUACAGAGCAGGUGAAGGUGAUAAGUUAACAGUAAAACGUUGAUUAUGCCAUUUGCAGGAAUGUUCUUGCACUGUCAGAUUUUUGGAUGGUGUUUAAUUAAAAUGGAAGAACAAGUUUUGUAAAA